AUGAGUUUAGUAUUUCGUCGAACUUAUUCUACAUUGUUGCAAAAUAGAAACGUGUACUUUGAUCUUUAUCAAAGACAAUGUUUGACUUCGUUUUCUUCUGUUCUUUCUCAUCGUUCGUCGACAAUAAUAACAUUACAAAGGAGGAUGGUGCACAUGACAUCAACUGCUUCUACAGAGCAAAAUACUUUACCUAGAUUACCUGUACCAACAUUAGCUGAAACAGCACGAAAGUAUUUAAAAACAGUUGCACCAUUACUGAAUAAUGACGAAUUUAAUGAAACAAAAAAAAUUGUUGAACAAUUUCGACAGGAAAGUGAACCAUUACAAGAAUUAUUAUUAAAACGAGCGCAGACAGAAGAAAAUUGGUUAUCACAAUGGUGGCUCAAUAAAACAUAUCUUGAAUGGCGUUUGAAUUUACCUAUUUAUUAUAAUCCUGCUAUAGUAUUACCUCGACAAUCAUAUAGAGAUUUUGAUGGACAAAUUCAAUUCGCAGCUAAUUUUGUUCAUGGCGUUCUACGUUAUAGAUCAUUACUUGAUGGUAACCAAAUACCAAUUGAUCGUUUCGGUACGGAUCCUCUUUGUAUGGAUCAAUAUAAUAAAGUUCUUGGCAUAUGUCGUAUUCCGGCAAAAUCUAUUGAUCGACUUCAUUUAUACAACAAAAAUGGUCAUCGUCAUGUUGCAAUAUUUUAUCGAAAUAAUAUCUAUCGACUACCAGUAUACGAUGAUCAAGGAAAUAAAUUAUCAGCUGAUGUAAUCUAUAAUUCGUUAAAAAAACUUGCUGAUUUAAAAGAAUCUGAUGAAAAAUCAACAUUAAUUGGUCACUUAACAGCCGAUGAAAGACAACUUUCGGCACCAAUUUAUGAACAAUUAUCAUCUAUUCCAGAAAAUAAAAAUUUAUUUGAUACAAUUUUUGAUAGUUUACUUGUAUUAUGUCUUGAUGAAAGUUAUCAAUUAUCAAAUGAUAAAACAACAGGAAAAGAUACAAAAACAUUAGUUGGUUUAAAUUUUCUACAUGGUGGUGGAACAAAAUAUAAUACAGCUAAUCGUUGGUUUGAUAAAACACUUCAAAUCAUUGUAGGACCUGAUGGUUAUAGUGGUGUUAAUUAUGAACAUUCACUCACUGAAGGUGGAAUAAUUACAGCACUUACUGAUUAUGCUUUGGAUUAUUGUAAAACAGCAGAACCAUUUGUUCAUACUAAUAAAUCAUCAUUAUUAAGUAAAUGUCGUAUUGUUAUACCUAAAGAACUCGAACAAUCGAUAAUUGAAAGUGAAAAACGUGUUGAUAAAUUUGUUGAAAAUUGUGAUUUAAUUGUUCAUAAAUAUCAUGAAUAUGGAAAAGACUUUGCAAAACAAAAUAAAUUAAGCAUAGAUGCUAUGAUACAAGUUGCUUUACAAGUUGCAUAUUUUCGAAUGCAUGGAAAAUGUGGUGCUACUUAUGAAAGUGGUUCUUUACGUCGUUAUCAUCUUGGUCGAACAGAAACUAUUCGUUCAUGUACAUUAGAAGCCCAAAUAUUUGCUCGUACUAUGUCUGAAGAACAUAAUGAAACAGCAAAUAAUACGAAAUAUGAUCUAUUUCUUAAUGCUAUGAAAGCACAUCGACAAUAUACAAAUGAUGCAAUCAAUGCUAAAGGCAUCGAUCGACAUUUAUUAGGAUUACGAUUAAUUGCAAUGGAAAAUAAUUUACCAAAACCUGCUUUAUUUGAUCAUAUUAGUUAUAAACGUGCAAUGCGUUAUACUCUUUCAACAAGUCAAGUUGCUGCAAAACAUGAUUGUGUAAUGAUUUUUGGUCCAGCUGCUGAUGAUGGAUAUGGUUGUUGUUAUAAUCCACGUCGUGAUUCAAUAAAUUAUAUGAUAACAGCUUUUAAAAUAAAUAAUGGAGGAACAGAUGUAAAAGAAUUUUCAAAUCAUCUUGAUCGUAGUUUAACAGAUAUUCGAAAAUUAAUUGAAUUGAAUACAACUAAGACAAUGAAAUCCAAAUUAUAG